AUGCUUGUUUUUUUUAUUCCAGCUCAAAUUGAGGUUAUACCAUGCAAGAUCUGUGGCGACAAGUCCUCUGGGAUUCACUAUGGCGUUAUUACAUGUGAAGGGUGCAAGGGUUUUUUCCGACGCAGCCAGCAGAACAAUGCCAUGUACUCGUGUUCACGGCAGAGGAACUGCCAGAUCGACCGAACCAACAGGAACCGCUGCCAACACUGUCGCCUGCAGAAGUGCCUGGCGCUCGGCAUGAGCCGUGAUGCGGUGAAGUUUGGCCGAAUGUCAAAGAAACAGCGGGACAGCCUGUGCGCGGAGGUGCAGCGGCACCAGCAGCUGUCUCAGGAGUGCCUGGCGGGUUUGGGUGGUGGUCUGGCACCACGUGACCGUGAAGAGACGGGUGAAGACAGCGUGCACAGCCGGCCGUACAGCAGCGGAAGCUCCAGCUCCACCCUCAGCGACCUGGACGACAUUGCCACGCUGCCCAACGGUUUGCUGUUCGACCUGCCGCUCACCCCAGAGGAGGCGAGCGAGUACUGCACUCUAGAGAUGCUCGGGGGCGGCGGAGGGUCCGGGAGUACCGGAAGCGGACGUUCGUCCAAUCAGAGCUCUCCAGAGCCCAGUGCUGUAGAUUUGAUGGAAGCAGUGAGGGUGAAGCAUGAGUAUAUCCUGCCUGAAAACAGUCUUCUUAUGCACGCUCUCCUGGGAUCUCUACCAGACAACUGCUCUCUACACGACAUAGAGCGAAUCACUCAAAAUGUCGUGAAGUCUCACCUGGAGACGUGUCAGUACAGCUCAGAAGAGCUGAAGAAACUUACCUGGAACGUCUACACACCUGAGGAAACCCGCAGCUUUCAGCUCAAGUCUGCAGAAUGGAUGUGGCAGCAGUGCGCCCUGCACAUUACAAACGCCAUCCAGUACGUUGUAGAGUUCGCAAAGCGCAUCUCUGGAUUCAUGGACCUCUGCCAGAACGACCAGAUCAUCCUGCUCAAAGCAGGAUGUCUGGAAAUCCUGCUGAUCCGAAUGUGCCGUGCUUACAACUCUUCAAACAACACUAUGUUUUUUGGUGGCAAGUUUGCCAGUCCUCAGCUCUUCAAAGCUCUCGGUGAGUGUCUGGAUAUCUACAGAAUUGGAUAUACUCUUGCGAAACUAAACAUGCAGGUAAGAUUAGAUUUUCAAAUAGUUGUAGCCUAUCUCGGCCAAAUAUGGUCAUAUCCUAAAAAAAAAUACAUCAGUGGAAAGCUUAUGUGGUUGGCAGAGUCUCAGCAGGUGCAGAAGCUCCAGGAGAAAGUUUACGUGGCUCUUCAGCGCAGCCUGCACAUGAACCGAGCCACUACUGAGAAACUGGAUAAGAUGGUGUCCAAACUACCGCAGAUGAAGUCCAUCUGUAACCUGCAUAUUGACAAGCUGGAUUUCUUCCGCCUGGUUCACCCGGAAACAGCCUACAGCUUCCCGCCUCUGUACAGGGAAGUGUUCGGCAGCGAGAUCAACUUCCCUGACUCCACCAACAGUUAGAGAGCGGGAGAAAGAGGGAGAGAAUGAAAUCACGAGUGAGUGUUAAAGCAAGAGAGGCCAUCAUGUGUAAAAACAGCAUUUCAAACGAACCCAUUUUAAAAACCUCCAGGCAGAAUCCUCAGUCUAUUGCAGCACUGUUAGCAUACACACACACAAUACACCACAAACAUACACACUUAACCUGCUGCAAACAUGUUCAUACACACAAACACAGGGGCCAACAAACUAUUUCAGAUUCGACUCGUAUAGGGAUUAUUCCUGGAGUUGUGCUCUCAGAUCUGUUUUUAUUUUAUGGAAACACUCCGAAAUGAUCUUUUAUGUACAGAUGUAUGCUUGCAAAGGCUCUUUGUUCCAACUUGUAGAUGUCUAAGCAUGCCACUGUUCCUUCUGCAUCUGUACACAGAGAUAUUUAAAGGAGUUUUAUAAGAGGUUUUAUAAUUUUAAUAAUUUUACAGGAUCAAACUCUCUUCCACAUGAACAUUCAGGAGAGCACAACACUUUUUAAUGAAGCGAAUACAACAUACUAGAUAACGUCAUCCGUCCUUCGCCGCUGAAUCACUCUUUAAGCACUACUAUCGCUUUUUUCCUCUCUCUCCUCUCGUUUUUUCACCCUCGGACGAAUCAUGAAUGUAUCCCAAAAGCACUUAUUUUGAUUUGAGACCGAAUGUACACAAUGCACUUUUGGUCUUGCGUUAUGCUUUAUGAGACUUUAUGACAAUCCACUCA